AGGACGCCCUUUUCGCAUUUUUAAUACUAUCCUCGGAUGGCCCUAAGCCGCGGGUGAAUGGACCAAGAUCGUAAUCAAUCCUAUGAGUCCGAUAUUGGACCCACAGACCAUGAAGGAAUGUGUCUAGUUCUUCCUCGUUGAACUUGGCUUAAAGAAGCAUAAUAAUUGAAACAUCGCGGCUAAAUACCUACUACAUACUAUGACUUCGUACUUCCACUAAGGGAGGUAUUCUAAUUGUUUUUUCCCCAUACAUCAAUGAUGCCUUCUGCCUAUCAAGCACCAUCAGACCUGGAUACGGUCCUAAGAGACUCUUUUCGCUAUGGAUCCUCCUUGUUGGACCAAAGGCCCAAAUUCCAAAAAGGCGACAUCUAUCUUCUUGGAUAUCCCCUAAGACAUUCACUUGCACCGAUCCUCCACAAUAAACUAUUUUAUCUGAGAAAUGUACCAUGGACAUAUCAUGCCCUCGAGUCCAAGGAAAAGCAAGAUCUCCUGAAUCUUCUAUCUCAGCCGGUAUGCGUUGGCGCAGCAGUGACCAUGCCACACAAAGUCUCAUUUAUUCCACUAGUGGAUGAUAUGACCGAGGAGGCCAAGGGCAUCGGGGCAAUUAAUACCAUCUUUAUCCGUCUCGAUAAUUCCGGAAAACGCAAAUAUAUCGGCACAAAUACGGACACAAUCGGGGUCAGAGAAUCAUUCCUGCGCAAUUCUACACCAGAAGAACUGAAUAGAGGGAAGAGGUCUCCUGGGUUGGUCAUUGGGGCCGGUGGUGCUUGUCGAAGUGCCAUCUAUGCAUUGCACCAUUGGUUGCAAGUGGAUGAAAUCUACAUAGCAAACCGACUGCGAAGGGAAGUAGAGGACAUCAUGUCGUCGUUCGCCAAAGUCGGCUCCUUUAAGGCGAAGCUUCGGUUUGUCGGUUCUCUCGCUGAAGCCGAAAGCCUCCCAGCGCCGUUCUUUGUUGUCGGCACCGUCCCUGAUUUUCCACCGCAGACUGACGGCGAGAAAGUUGCUCGACAGUGCAUGGAGGCUUUAAUGACCAGGGCGGAUGGGAACCAAGGCGUUGUCUUGGAAAUGUGCUAUCAUCCAAGUAUCCGAACGUCAUUCACUGUCUUUGCGGAAAAUGCAGGAUGGAAGGUCAUUCCGGGUACAGAGCCUAUGAUAUGGCAAGGCAUUACGCAACAGGUUUUGUGGACAGAAAAUGGGAAACUACUGAAUGAAUUCGAGUACCAGAAGAUAGAGAAGGUUAUCGAGGUUGGACUAGCAGCUCACAAUCCUGCGGGACGAGGUACAAGGUCAUCUUUGUGAAGAGAGCCUGGGCUGGCGUUACAACCUGUGUUAAGAUAUGUCACAUGUUGAUAGAUACGUGUCCAUUUAUGCGAGAAGCACGG